AAACAGAACAGACUGAACUCAGAGCUAAAUUGGGGGUCAUCCAAAGAGCCACCUGCUCAUGUCCUUCUCUCUCCUUCUCACACAUACACACAGGCGCAGUGGGCAGGGCAGAAAGAGUGUUGGCUAUGGACAGAGACAGAAGAGCCAGAGUGUGUGUGAGAGCAGAUCUCUCAGCUGGAGCAGAAUGACAGACGAUAAACGGCCACAGAACCUGGCGCUCAUUAAAGAGCUGGAGUACAUCCUGGACUCCUGCAAACUGGAGUUGACUCCCAUAGCUGAGAUCUGGCCCAACCUCUACAUAGGAAACGUGGCCAUUGCCCAGAACAGAGGAGCAUUACAGAAGCUGGGCAUCACUCACAUCCUGAACGCAGCCCACUGUAAACAGGGCAGCAUCGGCGACCAGAGUUACUACGGCAAUGCCUGUCUGUACUGUGGGAUCCCUGCUGAAGACUCCUCCCACUUUGAUAUCAGCCAGUACUUUCAGGCUUCUGCAGACUUCAUACACAAGGCCCUGAAGACCAAAGAUGGAAAGGUGUUAGUACACUGCAUCAUGGGUAUGAGUCGUUCCGCUACACUGGUGCUGGCUUACCUGAUGCUGCGACGACGUGUCACAUUACGAGAUGCCUUGAAACAUGUGAUACAGCGGCGUGCCAUCUACCCCAACAGGAACUUCCUGGCGCUCCUCCUCAACCUCGACACUCAGCUCACACGCAAGAGAAGGCUGUGCCCUCUCCUCUGAAAGCUCCUGUUUCGUUCCUCACAACUCUCACUGCUCUCUCCUUCUUUUUGGGCAAAAGUCCACUUACCCUCCUCCAUAUUUUUUUCUCUCCCUCCCUCUGUCAUACCUGUUCUUUUCUCCCCAGGUUCUUGCCUCAAAACAUUCUGCACUGUUGUAACUCACUUCAUUCAAUUGCUUGAAAAUAAUGAGCCCUUUCGCUUUACAAAUCAGAUGUUCCUAAAAGUGUUAAUAUGAUUGUUGUAUAUACUGUGUGCAUCAUUCCUGGUACCUAGUAAAAACCUUAUAUCUAUGAA